GCAGCGGCUGCCACGUCCCGGGGCGGGCGGCGGCGCGGCCAAUGGCGGGCGCGGCCGGGGCGGGGAGGGCCGGGGCCUGCGCUGGGCCUGGCGCGAGGGGCGCGGCCCCGGCGGCACAGACAGCGCGGCUGCGGAGCGGGACGCACCAUGUGCGGCAUCUUUGCUUACCUGAACUACCAUGUGCCCAGGACGAGGAGGGAGAUCCUGGAGACCCUCAUCAAGGGGCUGCAGCGCCUGGAGUACCGGGGCUACGACUCUGCAGGUGUGGGACUGGACGGAGGAAAUGACAAAGACUGGGAGGCCAAUGCUUGCAAAAUCCACAUUAUCAAGCAGACGGGGAAAGUGAAGGCUCUGGAUGAAGAGGUUCACAAGCAACAGGACAUGGACCUGGACAUCGAGUUCGACGUGCACCUGGGCAUCGCCCACACGCGCUGGGCCACGCACGGCGAGCCCAAACCUGUGAACAGCCACCCGCAGCGCUCGGACAAGAACAACGAGUUCAUCGUCAUCCACAACGGCAUCAUCACCAACUACAAGGACCUGCAGAAAUUCCUGGAGAGCAAGGGCUACGACUUCGAGUCGGAGACGGACACGGAGAGCAUCGUCAAGCUGGUCAAGUACAUGUACGACAACCGCGACAGCGACGACAUCAGCUUCUCCACGCUGGUGGAGAGGGUCAUCCAGCAGCUGGAAGGUGCUUUUGCCCUUGUGUUCAAGAGUGUUCAUUACCCUGGGCAGGCAGUUGGUACCAGGCGAGGCAGCCCCCUGCUCAUCGGCGUGCGCAGCGAGCACAAGCUGUCCACAGACCACAUCCCCAUCCUGUACCGCACAGCCGUACAAUCUAUGGAUCAUUCUUUUGAUGGAAUAUCCAUAAAAAUGGAGGAAGGGAAGGACAAGAAGGGGAGCUGCAACCUGUCCCGGGUGGACAGCACCACCUGCCUCUUCCCCGUGGAGGAGAAAGCUGUGGAAUAUUACUUUGCUUCUGAUGCCAGCGCGGUCAUCGAGCACACCAACCGCGUGAUCUUCCUGGAGGACGACGACGUGGCGGCCGUGGUGGACGGCCGUCUGUCCAUCCACCGCGUCAAGCGCACGGCCGGCGACCACCCGGGCCGGGCAGUGCAGACCCUGCAGAUGGAGCUGCAGCAGAUCAUGAAGGGUAACUUCAGCUCAUUCAUGCAGAAGGAAAUAUUUGAACAGCCAGAAUCUGUUGUUAAUACCAUGAGAGGAAGGGUCAACUUUGAUGACUACACUGUGAACCUGGGUGGGCUGAAGGAUCACAUCAAGGAGAUCCAGAGGUGCCGGCGUCUGAUCCUCAUCGCCUGUGGCACGAGCUACCACGCAGGAGUGGCAACCCGCCAGGUGCUGGAGGAGCUGACGGAGUUACCUGUCAUGGUGGAGCUGGCCAGUGACUUCCUGGACAGGAACACCCCCGUGUUCAGGGACGAUGUCUGCUUCUUCCUCAGCCAGUCAGGGGAGACUGCAGACACCCUGAUGUGCCUCCGGUACUGCAAGGAGAGGGGAGCCCUGACCGUGGGCAUCACCAACACCGUGGGCAGCUCCAUCUCGCGCGAGACCGACUGCGGCGUGCACAUCAACGCGGGCCCCGAGAUCGGCGUGGCCAGCACCAAGGCCUACACCAGCCAGUUCGUGUCCCUGGUGAUGUUUGCCCUGAUGAUGUGUGACGACAGGAUCUCCAUGCAGGAGCGGCGCAAGGAGAUCAUGAGGGGGCUCAAGGGGCUGCCAGACUUGAUCAAGGAGGUGCUGAGCAUGGAUGAUGAGAUCCAGAAGCUGGCCACGGAGCUGUACCACCAGAAGUCUGUCCUCAUCAUGGGACGGGGCUACCACUACGCCACGUGUCUGGAGGGAGCCCUGAAAAUCAAAGAAAUCACCUACAUGCACUCGGAGGGGAUCCUGGCUGGGGAGCUGAAGCACGGCCCCCUGGCCCUGGUGGACAAGCUGAUGCCUGUGAUCAUGAUCAUCAUGAGAGACCACACCUAUGCCAAGUGCCAGAACGCCCUGCAGCAGGUCAUUGCACGCCAGGGCCGGCCUGUGGUGAUUUGUGACAAGGAGGACAUCGAGACCAUCAAGAACAACAAAAGGACAAUCAAAGUGCCCCACUCGGUGGAUUGCCUGCAGGGCAUCCUGAGCGUCAUCCCCCUGCAGCUGCUGGCCUUCCACCUGGCCGUGCUCAGGGGCUACGAUGUUGAUUUCCCAAGAAAUCUGGCCAAGUCCGUAACUGUAGAGUGAAAGAUCAUCUGAAUCAUAGGGGCAAAGGGGAAUUAAAUGAAAGACUUUUUUUGGUACCAAAAUAACUCGAUUUUAAAGCCCCCUAGGUAAAUCUUAUUUUGGUAAAUCGUUGUUUGUGUACAAGAUCACCAUAAUUCCAUUGCAUUAGUGAUUGUCCAGUUGAUUCCACGUGCUACAUCAAUAGCUCUGGAUUUUUUUUUUGAUCAAUACUUCCAUGAAAGAUGUUAAAUGGUUUUCCUUAAAGGUUGCUGAGUCCUCUAGGUGAGGGGUUCCUCUGAGCUGGUGUCAUUGUCCCUUCCCCGACGUGGCUCAGCCCAGUCUCUGCUGGGGAAGCUCUGAAGGAAUUCCCAGUGCCCUGUGGUGCUCUCAGGCAGUGAAGCAGGACACCAGGACACACCACUGGAACAAGAGCUGGCACUGCUCACGCCUGGGCAGGAAUUUUAGCAGUGAAGGAAGCUGCAGGCAAGCCUUGGGGUGCACCCCUGCCUCAGGAGCAGGAGGGAACUCAGCUGGCACAGCCUGCCAGGGAGGUGAUGCUGCUCCAGGGGGGUUUAUCCAUGCCAAAUCCAGAGCAAGUGACAAUCUCCUGGCCAUGGUGGCCACGGGACCUGGCUCUGAGCUGCUGCUGCUGCUGCUUGGGGCUGUGAAAACAAGAGGAGCUUUUCCUGUGCUGAGGAUUUGCCCUGGAACUGAGGGGCACUGAGAGCACCUGGGGGUGACACACCUGGCUGUGACACACCUGGGGGUGACACACCUGGGGGUGACACACCUGAGUGACCCAGCUCUGUGCAACACCUGAAAGGGAUAAAAAGGCUCCAUAAACACAACAGAAACAACCUUUGAAAAUUGCCUUGGUAAUAAAGAAAUUGCCUAAAGAAAUUACCUUGGCCAUAUUUCUGUAACAAGGUUGAAGAGAAUCAGAAAUGACACAGAAAAUAACACCUUCAGGACUGAAAACCUGACUUUUUCAGAGUCAUCCAGGGGCAGUUAUUAUGCAUUUCCUAAUGUGGAAAGGUGAAUUUCCUCCCAUCUUGCUGGGUUUUGAAUUGGCUUUCCACAGGCACUGUCAAACCUGCUGGUGACUGUUCCAGGGGAUUUACUGCCCCUGAAAAAUGGCUUUAGCAAAUUGAGGAGUGCCCAGUUCCCCUGGCACAGGGGAAUAUUCCAAAGACUCUGUGGCAAUUCUGCUUGGUCUAAACCCACAGGGACUCCUUCAGUUCAGUUCAGUGCCAGCAAAGGCUCAGAUGAUGAGACUGAAAUGAAACGAAAAAUGAAAUGAAAUGGAAUGAAAUGAAAUGAAAUGGAAUGAAAUGCUGGGUGCCUGGAAAAGCUUCUCCAAGGCAGUGCAUGUGUUUAUUAACCUGUCACAGCUGUUGAUUUGGGAACACACCGUGCUGCCAGUGUCUGUUGAAGAACAAAGUGGUAAAUUCUGCAUUUUGCUUCAGCACGAGCUGUGUGUGAGGCACUGCCCUGGCACAGCUGUGCCUAAACACCACCUGUACCCCCUCCCUGCUUCCCUGGAGGAGGAGAAUUGAGGAAAAAACCAAGGAUUUUGCAAUCACAGGUGGGAGGGAGGUGCUCUUCCUCCUCCUCCUCCUCCUCAGCUUGCUUCAGAGCCCCUGCAGGGCUGGGUCUGUGCAGUGCCCCAUCCUUUGCUCUCAGAACAGCAUCUGUUAAUUAAUAUUAGUCAAUAAUCCCCUUGAGGGGGUGCUUCAAGGCCCUUUUCCUCCCCCUGCAGCCAGCCCUGCUUUCCUGCUGCCUGGCACAGAGCAGGGGGCAGUGGCAGCGUGCCAGUGGCACACCUUGCUGGGAGCUGCCUGCAAACAGGACCAAAGAGCUGAGCUGGCAGUGCCCAGGGGGGUGUGCUGAGCUCCCUGGCAGUGCCCUGUGCCACACCAAGCCCUGCCCCUGCAGCUGGGGGCACGGAUGGCUCCUGGCACAGGCGGUGCCCCCUCCUCUGCUGCCAAACCCAAAGGGGGAUGCUGUGGGCUCAGCCCCUCAAGGAUGCUCUGCAGCACAUUUUUAGGGAGAAUUGCCCUGCUGGGCACGGCAGGGAGCUCGUUGGCAUCUCCUGGUGGUUGUUGUUGCCAUGCAGUGUGAAGUGGGGAUGCACACAGGACUCUGCUGGCUCUCCUUACCUCAUUCUGUCCCCGUGUUGCAUUUCUGAGCAGAUGAUGUUUCUCUUUCCCCUGGGAAGCUUUUAGGAUGUCUCGUGGUAUUUAUUAACAGCCAGUCAGUCUUCUGCUCUCCCAAAUGAAUGUUUUGCUUACUGAGCCAGUGAAAUUCUCUCCUUCCUCACUGAGGUGUUGCAAAAUUCAGUAGCUCUGUCUCUAAAAUUGAGCCACAGGUAAAUACAAAGGGAGGCCUUUGCCACCUGGACCAGCAGCUCCUCCCGUGGCCACAGCUUAUUUUGGUGUGAGUAGCUCUGCCCCUCACCUGCAGAAGCUCCUGGAGGGUUUUAAUUCCCAAAAAAAAAGCAGAGAGCUCCCAGCCCAGCACACCUUUCUGCCCAGUUCCACACUCACUCAAACUGAGCUGCACGUGGAGUUUGCUGCAGCCAGAAAGGUUUUGUAUCCCCCUGGCUCUGCUGCAGAAGGGCUGGGGGCAGCUUUUCCCCCCAGAUUUCUCACAGCCAGCACUCUGUGCAGAGCCCAUCAGUGCCUGGGGCUGUCCCUGGGCAGGGCCAUCUCCAAAACCACCCCCCAGAGCCUUUCCCAGCCUCCUGGCACGAGCAGAACCCUCAGCCUGAGCCUUAAGCCCAGCCCAAAGCCUCUGGGGGCACAAAUGACACACAGCAGAGCAGAGCUGGGCCUGUCCCCUCCCUGGCUGUCCCUGGUGCCACAAGCAGGUGCCUGGUGGAUGGAUGGAGGGAGGGAGGGGCUGGAAUUAAGUAGCUCAAGUAGCAGGUCAGUGUUUAGCUGUGGCUAAUUUUAGAUCCUACCUGAAUGUACCAAACUUGCCUCAAAGCAUGGAGUCCCCUCCUCUUCACCAGGACAGGAAGAAGAAGAAGAAACAAAAAUAUUUGGGUUGGCAAAAAAAAAAAAAAAAAGAAAAAAAAAAAGAAAGAAAA